AUGGAGCUGCAUAACAGUCCAACGAGCAAACGGCGGCAUCCCAAGAAGCGCGUCCGAGUUACGCGGGCCUGCGAUGCCUGCAAAAGUUGCCUGAGAACUGGUAAAGCUUGCGAGUACACAGCCGAGUAUAACAGGGGCAAGCCCCCUCAGGUCCGCAUCGCUCAGCCAUCAGUGCAAGGGGAUGGGCAGCAGCAGGAAGCUGCAGCUGAGGGGGGCAGGCCACCUCCUUCACCGUAUACCCAUAUACCGGAGCAUUAUAACAUGCCCGACAGUCAAAUAAAUAAUCCGCCCUCUCGUGCCUCGCCUGAGCAUCAAACGGACUUGGAGGGUCACUAUGUUGGUCCUUCAUCAGGAAUAUCCUUUCUCCUCCGAGCGCAGCGGAAACUCCACAAAUAUGUCGCUCUACCAGUUAACACGCCGAUAUUUACGUUCGGUGACUCCCCACUUCCAGAGGUUGAGUCGACAUUCAUGAUAUUACCUCCACGGAACGAAGCAAAUGCGCUCCUGACCCGGUAUUUUGACUUUGCCUUCCCCACGCACCGCUUUCUCCAUCAACCUCAGGUCGAGGACUGGGUCGAAGAAUUAUAUCGCGCCGUGGAAGAGUCGCAGGCAGCCAGUCCCGGUAUGAGGGGAAGAAGGGCAGUGGUUCUGAUGGUCUUUGCUCAGGCAAGGCAGGGCCAGCCUGACAGAGAUCAAUCGUCAGUCCGAUCUUUGACCAGCUACUUUGCGGCCUCAGAGCAACAGCUCUCUGCUGAGACAGGACCUGUACGAAUAACUAGUGUCCAGGCACGGCUGGCCCAGUGUUUCUACCUUCUGUCUCAAUCUCGCAUCAACCACUGUUGGAGUUUGUUCGGAACAACCGCUCGACUUGCCAUGACUAUCGGUCUGCACCGUUCGAGGAGACGGGAGUAUGGUGCCAAAGUCGAUCAUAUUGAAGCUGAAUGUCGAAAGCGCGUGUUCUGGUGUGCCUAUAGCUUGGAUAAUUAUCUGAGUGCUGCUUUAGGUCGACCUCGGAUAUUUCACGAUGAUGACAUUGAUCAAGACUUUCCUACUGUCGCUGACGAUCUGCACAUCCUUCGGGAUCAAAUCCUCGUCCCAGUGUCCACAUCCCAGAGUAUAAUGGUUGCCCCACUGUACCAUGCCAGGUUGUCUGUCAUUAUUGGUCGCAUACUGCACGAUAUGUAUGGCGUUCACAGAGGUGGCUCACAAGCAGAAGUAUCUGCAGCCGCUCAACAUGGUGCUGAACUUACUCGCUGGCGCCAGGAAAUUUCCAGCUUCCUUGACACCCCGAAUGUUGACCUUUUGAUGUUGACGUACCAACGCCAAUACACAGUGCUUAACUUGGCGUUCUAUCAUGCAAAAAUUCUGCUCUACAGGCCUUUCAUCCUGCGAAACUUUGGGAUCAUAAGUCGCGAAAGACCACGAGAUGACUCGUUCAAUAGACCUGUCAACGAUUACAUUGAGAUCUGUCUUGACGCGGCCAUGAAAAUUGCCGCGAUUAUCCGCGAGCUUUGCGAAAAGCGGCGAAUGUAUAACACAUUUUGGUUCACACAUUACUACGCAUUCUCAGCAAUUAUGAUACUGUAUAUCCGAGUCAUCCAGCUGUCUGCACAGAGAGGCAAUGCGGGGGAAAAUUGUCUCAAAUACCUACAGACAGGAGAGUGUGCACAGAAAGAUCUCGCCAGCUGUAGCUCACACUCGUCUUUUGUUCAGCGCUAUGUCGUUGUUCUCGAGGAGCUUCGCCAAGAGGCGCGAAUGGCCGUUAAUCAGCCUGUACCCCAUCAUCAUAAAACACCACAUAUUGCGACCUCAGACUACGAGGAAAUAGUCCUCCCGGGUGAACCUGCACUAAACCACACUGAAGUAGCCAGCCGACCACAUAGUGGUAGCUUGGCACCUCCCAUACUGGAGUACGAUCUUUCCCAAUGGGGAGAAGGGAUGCUUGAAGAUAGCUUUCCUAUGCCAGACAUGACGGGAUCCGCAGACUGGGAAGGUCUCGACUCUCUCGCUAUUGCAGGUCUUGGUGAAUUGGAUUUCCUAUUUUGUCAUGCAGAAAAUUGA